AUGGCGGCAGAGCCCGGGCGCGCGUGGACUCAGGCGCGCGGCGCUUACGGCGUUAGAGAGGCGCUGAGGCGUGGCGUGGGCCGCCGGCUGGACCCGAGCUCGCAGCCCAACGGGUCGGUUCCGGAAGAUGCCCGCGCCCCGGGCCGCCUCGCUCGCCUGCGUGGCCAGCUGCGGGCGGAGGCGGCGGCGCGAGCCGAGGCGCCGCGACUGCUGCGGGUGGUGGAGCGCGCGGGCGCGCGAGCCGGGGCGGCGGGGGCCGGCGAGAGGAGCGACGCGCGCAGCGGCGGCUCGGUGUGCUCGGUGUGCGGGGAGCCGCGCGGCGGCGCCACCUACCCGGCGGGCGUCCUGGAGGUGAGCGAGCGGCGGCUGCAGGAGGGGCUGGCGGCCGUGCGCGCCGAGCUGGGCGCGGGGCUCGAGGCGCUGCGUGCGGAGCUGCGGAGCGAGCUGGACGCCUUGCGCGCCCUGCUGCCGCCGCCGCCGCCGCCGCCGCCUGCCCGCCGCGAGCCCCGCGGCCCCGCCCUGCUGCGGGCGCUCGGCACCGUGAACGCGUUGGUUUCAUCCUCCAGGGCCGCGGAGAACGGCCCGGACGCCCCCGCGGACGGCCUGGCGAACCGAGCCGUGGCCCGCAAGAGCCACAAGAAAACUCCAGUGCCUCCAGCGGCUGCGCAAGGCGGCGGCGGCGAUUGA